AAUAAAAGAAUAAAUUUGCUUUUUUAAUUGAAAUUCUUGUUUUUGUUUGUGUGUUGGGUGUUUCAAAGGCAGGAAUAAAAAACAACAGCCGCUGCUGCAAUAAGAAAAAUGAGUGCAUUUGAGGUUAAAGUGACACCAACACGAUGCAAAAAUAAAAAACUCACAGAGUCUCGGGAACCUACGGAGGUGAUAAUGGCGCCAUUUUCCGGCAAAUCUAUUGUUUUAUUCGAGGAUGUACCAGUGACAAAGACAGCCAAACGUCUUCUUAGAAUAAUAAAUCCAUCGGAGGAUGAUAUUGAGGUGUCAGUCAGUAAAUCGAUUAAUCCGGAGCACAAUGUCAACUUGGAAUGGUUGGAGAACUCUGUGCCGGCACAGAGUGAAAUAACACUGGAAAUGGUGUGGUCGCCACAAAUGGAUGUUGCCUGUAAAGAGACAUUACAACUUAUCGACAAUCGAAAUUUUCGCAAAGAUGUAAUGGUCAUACUAAAAUCCAAGCCCAUUAAACAAGUAAAGAGUGUACGAAAAUUUCCCACCAUCUCGUCUGGAAAUAAUACACAUGUCAAAACUCUGCGCUUAAAAUCACCAACAAGUGCUGCCAAUAAAGCUGUAAGUAGAUUAACACACCAACAACAGCAACAUCAUCAACAGCAGCAGCAGUUACAACAUCAGGCUCAAAUGCAAAAGAAACGUUUAACAGCCCAUGAUGCAGCCACUAAACGCGAGACUAUGGAUAAAAACAAACAGCAGCUGCCUACACAAUGGAAUAGUAGUAUUUUCGUUACCAAUAAAAAGAAUCAGCAACCAACGGUGAAGGAGAAUUUACAGCCACCUAAAGCUACUUUACAUAAUCACACAUCGCCUCUAAUGGAACGUAAUGUUUAUGCUAAUAACAAGGAGGAGACAUUGGCCGCAAACCUAUCGCCUCAUGUUAUGGAAUUGGAAAAAGAAAAUCUAAAAGAAAAUGUUAGUCCUUUGGCCCUAACAAAUGUGCUGAGUAUGAUCGAUGAAUUGAAGUUUACGCCAGCUACUGUCACCCUUUCCAACACUCAUGAGUCAAGACUGGAGAAAUUAGCCUCAUUGCCCACUCCCAUGGGUCCUAAUGCAAUAUCCAUAACUGUAACACCAGAGGUGCCGGGCGAUCAUGUUAGAGAAUUGAAGCCCAGAUGUUUAUCUAUAGAACUGUUGGAUGAGGCUCUCUCCAACGAGGACAUACACAAUGAUACCAAAGGUACUACCAUGGUUAUAACGAAUAAAACUUUCGAUGUCAAGCUAAGUGAGAGUUUAGAGAUUUCCUGUGAUAAUCUAAAUGGCUCCUCGGGUGAAGGUCGUCCAAAUAGCGCUUGUAGUUUGGUAAUAAAUAAAACUACUGUUAUAACAACCACACCGGUGGCUAGGCCUUUGGAAAUAAUACAAGAAGAAGAUAAUAGUCCCACUGGCUUAAAUACCGCGUCAAAAUUAGAUAAUCAAAUGGCAAUGGAAACUCCUAAAAAAGGUGAAGAAGAUCUGAAGCGUGAUAUUAAGCUAAUAGGCACUCCCCUGCGUAAAUAUUCAGAGUCAAUGAAGGAUUUGUAUCAGAAAUCUCCCCAGUCUAUACUCAUAACACAAGGAUCCCUGCCCAAUCUCAAUGAAAUGGAAACUAUAAAAUCCUUUGAACAAAAUCGUUAUUUCAUACAAGCCAACUCGCGUACAGAUGUCAAAGCUUCUACCCAGGCCAUAGCAGCUGCUGCUGCUACACAAGACAAUAAUAAACUUAAAGUCGAACAACAACAACAACACAAUGAAUCUGCAGAUCAAUUAGAUUGCAGUCGCAUGAGCUUGAUUUCCCAUUCCGAUGUACAGUUCAAUCAAAAUGAGAUUUUAGCACAAUCCAGUCGUUUUAAUCUCAAUGAAGUUGGUCUUAAAUAUCGUAAAAAUAGUCCCAGCUUGGCAAAAUGUAAAACAAACAACAACACAGACAAACGUAAUCCCACACCGCCAAAGGCCUCUAGAAAAUUAAACUCUGUACCCGAAGCGCACAAACGGCGAUCAAAUGAAUUGUCAUUUUCCGAUUCUCAAAGCAUGGAUUCGGUGGUAAGUGGCAGCAGCACCACCAGUUUAAGAACAAAUUCCACCAAAUCAAGUUAUGUCACUGUAUCGCCACCAAAACGUCAAAGACUUGAAUGGGACACAAGCCUGCAGAAACAAAAAACCCCCACCAAUGCCUCGGCCUCGAUUAAGGUUAAGAAUUGGUCACAAACCCAACCCAAAAAGUACAAACUAUCAAAGACCCUUUCGCUGGUCAAGAAACCCUUAACGCCCCGUAAAAGUAAAGAAGAGCCACGCAUUAAACUUUACGAAGCCGAUUUAUUUCUACAACCCUACAUCAAUCCCGAUCCCUUUGCGGCCACCACCACCUGUGAUCCAUUUCUCGCAUCCACCAUGUAUUUGGAUGAAGCCUCAGUGGAUAAACAUCAAACGGAUUUCAAAAAAUGGCUCAAUGCUUUGGUAACCAUGCCCGCCGAUCUCGACACCGAUUCAAAUGCCAAAAUUGAUGUGGGCAAACUGUUCAAUGAAGUACGUCACAAGGAUUUAAUCUUGGCACCCACCAAAGAGGAACAAUCCAUCAACUAUUUAACCAACUUUCGUUUAGAGUCUCUGCGUCGUGCUGCUGUUGAACUUUUCCUAAGUCAAGAGAUGCGAGAGCCCUGCUCCAAAGUUGCUGUUUAUGUUCAGAAGAAUGCUUUGCGAAUACGCAGUGAUCGAAAUUUACAUUUGGAUGUUGUGACACAACGUGAUAUUUUGGAAUUGCUGUUGUGUUUUAAUCCUUUGUGGUUGCGUUUGGGCUUGGAGGUGGUGUAUGGUGAGAAAAUUCAUUUGCAGUCUAACAGAGACAUUGUGGGAUUAAGUUCGUUUAUAUUGAAUAGACUCUUUCGUGACAAAUUUUUGGAACAAAAAUAUUCCAAAGCCUACACACUUUCCGAUGAAUAUGCCGAACACAUCAAAAAGUUCACCCUACAAAAGUUUUUCUUUCUACUGCUGUUUUUAGACCGAGCUAAAGAAAAACGUAUUAUAGCCCAUAAUCCCUGUCUGUUCAUUAAAAAAUCUCCGCACAAAGAAACACGAGAUAUUCUUUUGCGCUUCUCCUCUGAACUGUUGGCCAAUAUUGGCGAUAUAACCAGAGAACUAAAACGUUUGGGCUACGUACUGACGCACAAGCAAUCAUUUCUGGAUGAAUUCGAUUAUGCCUUUCAUAAUUUAGCAGUUGAUCUCAGAGAUGGUAUACGUUUGACCAGAGUUAUGGAAAUUAUAUUGUUGCGCGUAGAUUUAACCAAACAAUUGAGAGUACCGGCCAUUUCACGACUCCAGCGGAUUUUUAAUGUAAAUUUGGCUUUAAAAGCUUUGGGAGAAGCAGAUUUUCAAUUGAAGGGAGAAAUAGCGGCCAACGAUAUAGUAGAUGGUCAUAGAGAAAAGACUCUGUCGUUGUUAUGGCAAAUAAUCUAUAAAUUUAGAUCGCCCAAAUUCCAUGCAGCUGCCCGUGUGAUACAGAAAUGGUGGAGACAUUCUUGGCUAAAGGUGGUCAUACAAAGAAGAAUACGUUUUAAGGAAGAACAAAGGCGUGAAGCAGCUGCUAUUGUCAUACAAUCAGUGUAUCGUGGUUUUACUACCAGACGUAAUGUAAACAUAUAUAAACAGGAACGUAUACAGGCCGCCUUGGUAUUUCAGAAAUAUAUACGUCGUUAUCUUGCGCGUAAAAGGUUCCUGAUGACCGUGCAGUUUACAGUGGUAAUACAAAAAUGGCUAAGAGCUUCUCUAUUGGGCAAAAAAUGUCGUGAGAACUUUUUACAAUGGCGUAAAAGUGCAAUAUGCCUACAACAUCAUUGGAGAACAAGAAAACAAGCUAGAGUCCUAAGACAGCAGGCUGCUUUAGAGAAAUGUAAAUAUCAACAACAAAGAAAUAAAGCAGCCUGUCUAAUACAGGCUUCUUGGAAGGGCUACAAAGUCCGGAAACUAUUUUUAAAAACCGUUUCUGCAGUAUUGGUUUUCCAAAAGCUCUUUAGAGCUCGUCAACUAAUGAAACAACAAUACGGUUGUUAUAUACAGCUAAAGAAAUCCACUACUUUUGUACAGCGAUGCUUUAAAGCCAAAUUGAACAUGAGGAAACAACAAUCAAAUUAUCAACUAGUACGUUCACGUAUUAUUUACAUACAACGUUUGUACCGAGCCACCAUAUUGAUGCGUCAACAGCGUAAGGAAUAUUUAAAUAUUCGCAGCAAAGUAAUAAGUAUACAACAAAAAUGGCGAGCCACUUUAAUGGCCCGUAAGGUUAGAGUUGAAUAUCUAGCGGUGCAGUACUAUACAUUGAUUGUUCAACAGAAAUUUCGAGCCAAACAACAAAUGGCAAUUGAACGUAAGAAAUACUUGCAGCUGCAAACUUGUGCUAUUAAUAUACAAAGACGUUUUAGAGCCAAACUGGAAAUGCGUUUGGAAUAUACACAAUUCCAAAGGAAAUUACAGGCCAUUAAAUGCAUACAAACUCGCUUUAAAGCUCACAAAGCAAUGCGUUAUCAAAGAGCCAAAUAUCAGGGCACCAGAGAAGCUGUUCUGUGUCUCCAAGAACAUUUUAGAGGUUUUCUAAAAAUGAAAGAAGAGCGAAAGAACUUUUUGCAACAAAAACACGCAGCCACUGUCAUACAAACAGCCUUUAGAACAUAUCGCCUGAUGAAGUUGCAAAAGGGAGACUACCAGAGAAUAAAACAAGCUGUAAUUUGUAUACAAACAAGAUUACGAGCCACUUUGGCCAUGAGAGCUCAAAGGAAAGUAUAUUUAAGAGAACGUAAUUUAAUUAUCUACACACAAACACAUUACAAAGCCACACUUUUGGCAAGAAAAGUACGUGUAGAAUAUCUCCAUAAACGCCAUAUUAUCAUUUCUCUGCAAAGAAGAUUCCGGGCCAAGCAAUUAAUGUUAAGGCAACAACAAAGUUAUCAACUAAUACGUUCGCGUAUUAUUUGCAUACAAAUCCAUUAUCGUGCUCAUCUGCUCAGAAAACAACAACAGGCCCAGUAUCAGCUACAGCGUUCCUCAGCCAUUAAAAUACAAACAUGGUUUAGGGCCCUACUAAAGAUGCAAAUGCAAAAGCAAUCAUAUCAACGUGUACGCUCCUCCAGCAUAACAAUACAACAGAAAUGGCGAGCCACAUUAGAAGCCAAGAAACAAAGAACUACGUUCCUUAAGACCAUACAAAAUAUCAUUUAUUUACAACGUAUAAUUAAAGCCACACUUGUCAUGAAAAUGGAACGUGAACAAUAUCAAAAACUUAAAGAGGCCGUCAUUGUCAUACAAAAACGCUAUCGAGCCCGACGUGAAAUGUUACAAAUACGUUCGCAAUAUCAACUCAUACGUUCUCUCAUCAUUUGUAUACAACAGCAUUUCAGGGCCAAAAGGGCUAUGGUAAGGGAACGUAAAGAUUUUAUACUUUUAAGAACCACCGUCAUACAUUUGCAACAGAAGUUCCGAGGUCGUAAAAAAAUGCGCACACAACGUGAACAUUUCUUGCAGUUGAAAACAAAUAUUGUUGAAUUUCAGGCUCACGCUCGUGGUCUGUUGGCGCGUCGUCGUUACCAGGCUCUCAUGACACCCGAAAUGAUGGAAUUGUUGCGGCAGAAAAAGGCCGCUAAAAUAAUACAACGUUUCUGGCGUGGCUAUCGUAUACGUAAACGUUUGAACAAUGUACGUAUUAAGCUCAUACGUAAGAAUAUUGCCCUGCUCAAGGAGACUUCAAACUCAUUGAACUCUAUUAAGUUUAAAGUACAAGAUGCGGUACGUUUGUUAAGAGGAAGAUUUAGUGCUUCUGAGGCGUUGCAUGUUUUGAUGAGAUUGGAUCGUAUAUCACGCACUGUGCCACAUUUACUCAUGUGUCGUUCGGAUUUCAUAUCAACCUUUUGCUAUGGCAUUAUGGCACAAGCCAUACGUUCCGAGGUUGAUAAGCAGUUGAUUAUGUAUUGCAGUCGUAUCAUUUUGAAUUUGGCCCGGUACAACAGCACAACCGCAAAUACAUUCCAAGAAGGUGGUCUCGUUACAAUCGCCCAAAUGUUGUUGCGCUGGUGUGAUAAGGAUUGUGACAUUUUUAAUACGCUGUGUACAUUAAUCUGGAUAUUUGCCCAUUGUCCAGUUAAGCGUAAGGUUAUACGUGAUUUUAUGACAACAACCGAUGCCAUUUACAUGGUGAGAGAAACGAAAAAACUUGUAGCUCGUAAAGAGAAAAUGAAACAGAAUGUACGCAAACCGGUGGUAACAACAUCGUCAUUGGGCUCCUCAUCAUCCAUAUCAUCUAUACGCGGUCUUUCGCAGCAGCAACAACAGCAACAGAACUUUUCAAGUCGUGCCUUACCCAGCCUGGAACCCGAUUAUGGUGUCAUACGCAAUAAGCCAUAUACAUUUAUAUCCUCCGUAUAUGCCUUCGAUACCAUUUUGUACAAAUUGGGAAUUGAUAUUUUCUAAAUGAUUUUUUAAACACAUCUGUCUGUUUCUCGUUCCUUCCUACCUCCGUCUGUCCUUCUAGCGGUGGGUCUGUCUGUUUUAUUUAUUUUUUUGUUCUCAUCUCUUCAAUAUGUAGUAGCAAGUGUGAUGUGUCUGGGUUGUGUUAUGUAUCUCUGCACAUUGUGCAGUGUCUGUUAAAUUUAGUCCUUGCUGUUUUUUUCCCAUUUAAUAUUUUUUGUGUUUCCUAUUUCCGUAUUUUUCUUGUCGUUGUUGUUUAUUCUUGUUCAGUUUUUUUUUCUUGUAAUUUUUAUGUUGUUUUCCUUCCUUCUCAAUGUUUAAACUACAAAUCAGUUGAUUGUUUAUUUUCCGUUUUAUAUUUUUUUUUAUUUUAUUUCUGUAUGUAUUAUUUUAUUGUCUUUUAAUGGAUUUAAACUAGAAAUUGAUUUUAUCUCUUAGGACAGCAAUUCAUUGCUCUAUAAUUUUUAUAUACAUUUACUUUAUCUCUAGACUCGUACAUAAAUUUAUGUUUUUUAAUAUUUUUUAUUUGUUUAAGGAAUAAACUCUUACAUGUAUGUCCACUUAAUUGUAUUUUUUCAUUGAAGACUGUAAUUUAUACCUGUAAUCAUCAACUUUAUGGGUUUCCAGUGUAUGUUUCUUUAUUGUAAGUUAUAAUUUAAUUAUGUAUGUAAUUUUUUUUAAAAUGUUUUUUAAAUAAAACUUAUUGUAAAUUUGGUGCAAAUAAAAUAUGAAAAUUAAAUGGAAA